AUGGCGCAGGACAGGCGUAGCAUGCUGCUCGACAACCGCAUCGGGGAGUCGGAGCAGGAGCUGGUGCGGCACAAUUUGCUGCUGUUGGAGGACCUCAUUCCGUCCGCUCUCGUCUCCUGCCUUAUGGACCUGGCGGUGAAACGAAAUCAAAUGCCCCCGUCCCACUUCUUUACAUUGUUUCCAAGACUCUUUAAUUGCAAGGGGAAUCUUUCGCCUUCGGACCGCAUCGCAAGAACCUUCUACGCGCGGCUCCUGGGCCUCGUCAGAGGAGAGUCAUGCCCUUUACCGGUGGCCGCGACACAAAGUGCUCGGAGCCAAAGUCGCACCGAGGCCCCUCCAGGCUACUGGGUAAAGGUGCCGGAUGCUGUUUUUGUCCCGACUGCUGGCACUCCGGGUGUGGAACAGGUUUCUCAGAGCUUGCUGGACAAUGUUGUGGAGUGUUUGCUCCGCUGCAGCGUCCCGCUGGUGGAUGUCCCCCAGCCUGUUUUGGAAUCGAUUGAACGAGUCCUAGAGCCACGACAGCCUGUCAUCUUGACACCGGCGUGGCUCCGGCAGUAUCUGCGGUCUGCAGCAGGCGGCAAGCAGACCCACAUGCUCAAGAAGCAGCAGGCUUCGACGGUCUUUUCGGAGCUGACGCCAGAGAAUGUGGCCAGCUUCCUGGAGUUCUGCAUGGCUGAUGGCAAGACUGCUGACUUGCAAGGUGUGCCCUUGCUGCUGUGCGAUGAUGAAUUGACGGUGCAUGUAUUUUCCAGCGAUGCGCAAGCCGUGUUUUUCCCUCAAAGUCAGCUGGAGCGCCGGCUUUUCCCGAACAAGGAAGGGCGGAAGCUACUUCUCUCUGUGAGGUUGGAGUCCCGACCUGUCGUUUGGGCAAAGCUGAGGGAACUUGUGCAGCGAGAGAGUUCAUCUUUCCAGUGCAAGGUGGUGACUUUUGAGCUGCUCAUUGCAGCUUUGCAGUCGCUCCUGCCUCGCACUUGGAAUGAUCCCGUACCUCAGGUUACUUCUUCGGACUACUCAGAUUGGAUCGAGGACUGGCUUCAGGCUAUGUGGAAAUGGCUAGAUGCGAAAGAGAUUCCUCUUUCACGGCUAGUUCACUGGCCCCUGAUUCCGAGCCUAUGCGAUGGGUCCAAAGUAGACCUGUUCCGAAUACCUGAAGCCCACAAAAAAGUCCUCUUCUCGGACAGCAGGCCUCGGAAACCACCGCCUCCACCCCCGCCAGGCCAACCGCCCAGCUUGGUUCCGGCCCAGCCAUCCCAGCCAUCCCAGCCUUCCCAGCCUUCCCAGCCUUCGCCUUCCAGUCCUCCAGAAAGACAGACGCCCGAGACGCCCGAGGCGCCUGUCGCACCUCAGCCAAGCACUUCGGAAGUUCAGCCGACACCCGUGCUCAUGCAAGAGCUCCUUAUGGCACUCCAGUGCCGUCCGGUCUGGGAGCCUGCAUGGAUACUGGAUCAUCACCAGAAGCAGCUUCGCACUUGUGUGCACGCUUCAACGUACGAGGGCUUUCUACGAAGCAUCCACUAUGCAGGCAGGCUUCUGUCUACUUCCAAGGGCGACCAAGGCGACAAGAGACUGAUGAGGGCCGCACUUCACUCGUCCCUCUGCAAGGGCAUUGGUACAUUGGGUGGUGCAUCCGGUACAUGGCAUGCUAGGGCUUUGCUGCUGGUAGCUGCAAACGUCCAGCGCGAGGGUUGCACGUGCGAAACAGCCACAGCUCCCAAUUGGAAGCUACGAUGCGAUGCUUUGUCCGGGCUCCCCUUGUUCUGCAAGUUUAACCAGCCUUUGCAGCGACUCUGCUUGGACAGAGCACUGGUCCUGCCUCCUGAGACCUGUCCACAGGUGGUCUCUGCUUUGCGAGCUGCACAGACAGAGCUGGCUUGCGCCGAGAUCCCCGAGGAUGUGCUUUCUGCAUUGACGGCCCCCGAGUCGGCGACGGUGUCGUCCCUUUUGCGGGAUCUGAGCCUGCCAAGGCUGAAGUGGGCAGACUUGCUGCAGGAGCAAGUCUUCCCCUGGGCAACAAGCCCUUCCAACAACGUGGUCGUGCGCCAAGGCCUGAUGAGGGCCUUGGUUUAUCACUGGCGAGAUAUGGAAUUGAUGGGCCACCAAGCAUGCUUGGAGGCACUGCAGCGCAUUCCAUUCGUAAGUACUGUCGGGGGAAGCAUCAUGUCGCCCGCUGAUGUGCUGGAUCCCACUGUGGAGAAGCUGCGCGCCUUGUAUGGGCCCGGUGAUUUUCCGGGACCUUUUCCAGACAGUCGCUGGCUGUCGGCAGAGUGCCGUGCAGUGCUCCACUACAGGACUGAGUUGAGUUACCAAGAGAUCAGUGAGAGACUUGGCUUCCUCCACCAAAUCGAAAAGCAUCGACGCAGCGCAGUCCAACCAGUCCAGCAAGACCAAGAGAAAGGAAUGAAAGGAACUGUUUCGCAGGAGGUUCGAGCAGUUGCCGCGGCUUUGGUGAGGUAUGUCUGCGAUGACGUGUGCCCUGCCUUGAGGGAUGCGCAGGACACGAAGGACACGGAUCAUCGGAAACGGCCCCAGGAAAACCCGCGGCCUUCGGAAGGGGGAUUUUGGCAGGCCCUGGACUUUGUAGGAAUGCUCAGCGCAACUGCAGAAGCUGCGAUAGCUGCGAAGCCGACGAAAGCUACCAAGCUCUCCUCCGAUGAGCUCACGUCGAUCCUGUCCAAACUGCAGCAAUGCUUCUGGCUUGCACCCCUCCCGCGUCCAGAUGGAUGGCCUCUUGAGGCUCCCUGGAGGGGUUCGGAAUGUGGCCUCUGCUCGGCGGAAGAGGUGCGAUUGGCGUCAGAGGAGUAUCUGGUUGGCAUGGUGGGCACAUGCGGUGGUAGGCUCUCCCAUCACUUCAUCGCGAGGGUCUCAGAAAUACCGCAUCUAGCCAUCAGCCACCACGGAGCCAGUUGCCUUGGUUUCGGGAUGAAGGAGUGCCUUGGCCUGAUGAACAAGCCAAGCGACGACUUGAUGAAGAAGCAGCUCGAGAAGAUACAGGAAUGGGUGUCAACCCUUUCGGAUGAGAAGAAAGAGGUGAACUCCCCAUGGAUUACUCGGUGCCUAUAUGACUAUCUCUAUCCCAACUUCUUGAGCGCUGCACGCGCAGAGGCUUUUGCCCGCGACAGCAACGAGCAGCUGUGGGUGCCACAGGGAGGCUUCCUGCCCAUGUGCAGGAUAGCACGGCAGCAUAUCGAGUUUCCGCCGCAUUUGGUGAAGGCCCCCCCGGAGUGGAGGGAGAAAAUCCCUGCUCUAUGGUCCAAAGUCAAGGAGAGCUUCGGAGUAAGAGACUGCAGUGAGUCCCUUGACCCUGAACCUCUGGACAGUGCUGUUCGCCUUGUCCUCGCCAUCUCGGACAUGUUGCAGCAGGAGCGCGCGGAGCACGCCGGCGCUGCGGCCCAACACAGCAAGCUCGACAUCCUGAUGCCGACAACGGAGUGUGCGCUGCGCUCUGCCCGCGACUGCGUCUUCAACAACAUGACAUGGCUCCCAGACGUGGAGACAGCAGACCUGAACCUUGGAAGCUACGGCCUUGUACAUCAGAAGAUCUCUCAUGCGGUCGCCCACACCUGUGGCUGCAGAGGCCUCUCGCUGGUCUAUGCCCGGGAGGCAACGGAGAUGCACGGGGCAGAUUGGUGCGAGGCGGCGGGCCAGAGUGAGCCGAUUACCACACGCCUGAAAAAUUUGCUGAAGGACUACCCGGCAGAUGUGAGCAUGUUCAAAGAGAUGGUGCAAAACGCAGAUGAUGCCAGCGCGACUGAGGUGCAUUUCGUUUGGGACUGGCGCCAGCACAGGAGGCAAUCCUUGCUAACCCCGGACAUGGACCGCUGGCAAGGGCCAGCGCUGUGGAUCUUCAAUGAUGCACAGUUCUCGAGUAAAGACUUUGAGAGCAUCUGCCGCCUCGGUGUUGGCGGAAAACGUGAGCAGAGCAGGAAGAUUGGCAGGUUUGGAUUGGGCUUCAAUGCAGUGUACAACUUCACAGACUUGCCCAGCAUUCUGAGCGAUGAUAUGGUGCUGUUCCUGGAUCCUCAUGUGCAUCACCUGUCCGCCAUGGGGGCAUCUGUGCAGAAACCGGGCAUCAAACUUCGUUUUCUGAAGAUCAAGGUCUUGGAAAAAUUCCGUGAUCAGUUCCUGCCAUACCAUCAGCUCCUGGGGUGUGACCUGGCCUGCUCUCGGCCAUUUCCGGGUACGUUGAUGCGGGUGCCUUUCAGAACUGCGGAGGUGGCAAAGGCAAGCGAGGUGAGCAACAUCCAGAUGGACAAGGCCCUUGCCGCUGAGCUCACUUCUCAGUUCCGAGCAGAAGCCUUCCAAUGGCUACUCUUUCUGCAGAAUGUUGCCAGGAUCCGGCUGUCGGAAAUCCACGAGAACGGUGGGGAGGAUGUCUCGAUGACAACGAUUUGCGAGGUGAAGAUGGCACUGCCCCCAGCAAUGCCUGGCGUGGCUGAGGAGUCGGAGGCGACUGCAGAUGACGUGGCAGCGCCAUCCGGCACAGCUGCCAAGCGCAUUUCUGCCAUCGGCUCUGAUUGUGACGGGGCCCUAGACUUGCGACAGCGCGGCGCCUGCGAGCCUGUAUGCCAAGCAACGGAGUGA